UCAGGCUCUGACAGACACUUCUCUGAACACCAGAGCGGUCCGCAUCCACAUCUCAGUGUAUGUCUGUGCCCCCUUUACACUGACUCGCUGUAGCACAGCAGCGUCCGGACGUCGUAGUCACUACCCAGGCACCGAAUCGUCUCAGAGUCGGUCUGUGAGUCCACUGGCACCGAGAAGUUGGCAGCUGCAUCACAUGUCACCACCACCUCUGCACCGAACGGCACUCGCCCGUCGGACCCGGCCGUGAGCGAAACGCGAGGGUCGACGUAUGAUGAGACAUAGCCUAAGUCCGAUAGCUCGUAAGGGGUGCAGGAGCCUGAGUGAGAGGAGAGGAAAGAUAGGGCAGCGGCGUGCUCAGUGUCUCUCUCUGCGUGGUCCUUGUGGCCGUACCAACGCACUGAAGGUCAAUGUCCGCCCACUGCCACAGAUCCUCAUCGACGCGACAUGCCUCCCUGCUGCCGUAGCAGGAACACGCCACACUCUGCCUCGGUGAUCGCCCAGGGGACGGGUGCAGGCCCGGUGCACACUCGAUCGUUAUCUGGGCGUUCUCCCGACGGUCUUCCUGCCCGAUGGGAGGGGUGGUGACGAAGGUGUGCUUGGUGGACAGGGGCAGCUGGAAAGGCGGGCAGUGACCUGACAGCCAGACAAUCCGCCAGUGUAUAUGUGAGUUUUGGGUGUUAAUCUCCCUGUAGCCAUGCGCACCCCCACAGUGCAGCAGGACGGGUGUCCAUCGGCCCGCCACACACGUGAUGGUCUGCGUGUCAUCAGUCCACAUGGCGUUCGCAGGCGGCUCAUACCCGCCCUUGCAUGAAAGCCUACGCUGCGACCCUUCCUCGAACCCUCGGCCGUCGAUCGCAUAGCGCUGUGUUGGCAGGGGAUACUGGUAGUCCGGGGGGGACAGCAAUGCUGGCGGACAGAGGGCUGCAGACAGAGAGGGACGGCCAUGCAGUCACCCAUCUGUGUAUGUGUAUGCGUCGGCAUACGUACCUCUGCAAGGCAGCACAAGGGGGUCCAGCACUCCGUCGUAGCACCAGAGCAUCUCUGUGCCCGACAGCCCCUUCAGUGGUGGGUAGGCAUCGCUGCAGCGCACCUCGGCUGCCGUGCCGUGCCGCAUCCUCUCGUCUGAUAGACGCCUGGGCGUCACCAGCAUGAGGGGCGCGCUGUGGAUAGACCUGUUGUGGGAAGCCGCCCCAACAUCCGUCAAGGCAUACCACGGCUCGCCAGCCAGAUCGCAGUCCACUGCAACAAAUAGAAUUCGAUUCAGAUACAGACAGCGUCAUCUCUCUUUGCGCACAUGGCCCACUGACUGACUGAUUCACUCGCUCACUGACUCCAGCAUUCGAGGCUCUUUUCUGUCCAUUCUCCCCUCCGUUCUGCUCCGCACACGACCGUAUCUGAACUCAUCUUGCCGUCGCCGUGGUAGGCAUCAUCACACGCAAUCUCCAGUUCUGUGUGUCUGGGCCAGUUGCGAUUCAGGGCGUCUCUCGUGUGCAAGGUCGGUUGACUGACCAUUUGACUGGCCGGGCGGCCGAGAUAGCGGUCAGAGGAAUCGCGUAGCACGUUGGCGUAGGAAGGGCAGAGAUCUGCAUGGGUUGGUUGAAAUACUAGCACUCUCGUGUGUGACUUAGUCAUCACACAUGUGUCGCUCUCUGUGUGUGUUGUCGACUGGUCUACCUACCCACCCGCACAGUCGCAUCCACAUGAGUGUGGCGAGAGGGCAAUGUCGCACUCCUCUGAGACGUCAUCCACAGCGCCAUCUCCGCAGUAGUGAUCAAGACCUGACCAAUCCACGGAAAGAGUUACACGCAUGCGCCAGCCUCUACGUCCGUGUCUCUAAUCGCGCUGACCCAAAUUCUCCACAAUUUCCGUGACGCUCUCACGCACCAAGCUGUCGACCAACGCCCCGCUUUCAU